UCUAUGUAAAGUCUAUGUAAAGGUUUUCCCUCCCCAAGAUCUAAAAUUCCAAAAUCACAUGGUCACUACUAUCCAGGUUGCCCACUGCUUCCUCCCUGUGAACCAGUUCUUCACUGUUGGUGAGAUUCAAGUACAAGAUAGCAGUCUCCCUUGUUUCCUUCUCAACCUUCUGGAAAAUGAAUAUGUCAGCAAGACAAGUCAAGAAUUCAUUAGCUCUUUCAGUUUAGGAAACUUAUGAGGGUCAUUGAAAUAUCAAUGGUGCCAUAAAAUCUAACACACAGGGUAAAUUACCAGUAUUAAAAUUUAACAAGCCAGAGGCAUAAGAAGAGCAUAAAGCAGCAGGUGAACCAUCUCAUAAAUAUUCAGAGAACAGUCCUCAGGUAAACAGAAGUACUCCUAAGCUGAAGCCUGGUUGAAAGGAAGUAUUUUGAUCUAUUGCUAAAAGAUAGUAACAUAGGAUCCAGGAAAGCUUCCAAGGUAAGGGAAUUCCACAGAUGAGGGACACCCAUGGAAAAUAUUCCGUCUCUACUGAUUGGCUACUCCUGUGCAUGGGAUGACAGAGAGUAGUGGUUGGGGGGCAGAAUUUAAAAUGGAAGGUUAAUUACCAGGGGAAGAUUAAUUGCCCAUUGUGUGACAAAACAUUCCCUUAUAAAUCAGCAUUUGAUAGACACUUCAGAGUUCAUACGGGGGAGAAACCAUACAUGUGCUUGGAAUGUGGAAAGACCUUUACUCAGAAGGGACAUCUUAUGGAACACCAACUAAUUCAUACAGGAAAGAAACCAUAUAAAUGCUUGCACUGUGGAAAGAGGUUUCACUGCUAUACUCACCUUGUUGCUCAUCGACAAAUCCACACAAGGGCAAAAGUGUACCAGUGCUUAGACUGUGGAAAGACCUUCCUUCGGAGAAGAAAUCUUACUAUACAUCAGCGAAUCCACACAGGGGAGAAACCAUAUAAAUGUUUAGAGUGUGGAAAAACGUUUGCUGAGAAUGGAAACCUUACGGCUCACAGACGAAUGCACACAGGGGAGAGACCGUAUCAAUGCUUGGAGUGUGGAAGGAGCUUUGCUUACAGUUCACUGCUUACUACCCAUGAACGUAUCCACACAGGCGAGAAACCGUAUAAAUGCUUGGAGUGUGGAAAGAGCUUCGCUCGAAGUACUAACCUUACUGUCCAUGAACGUAUCCACACAGGGGAGAAACCAUAUAAAUGCUUAGAGUGUGGCAAGACCUUUACUGAGAGCACAAAACUUAAGGCUCACAGACGAAUGCACACAGGGGAGAGACCGUAUCAAUGCUUAGAGUGUGGAAGGAGCUUUACUCACAGUUCACUGCUUACUAGCCAUGAACGUAUCCACACAGGCAAGAAACCAUAUAAAUGCUUGGAGUGUGGAAAGAGUUUCACUCGAAGUACUAAUCUUACUGUCCAUCGACGAAUCCACAUGGGGGAGAAACCAUAAAAAUGAUUAGAGUGUAAAGACCUUUACUGAGAGCACAAAACUUACGGCUACAGACGAAUCCACAUGGAAGAAACUACAUCAAUGG